GAACCAAGCUGGAAGGGGGGUUGUACUUGUAGAAAUGAUUGCGUACAUACGUCGCAUACCAAAAUUUCACAUUUCAAAUGUUUUUAGUCGUAUGUACGGGAUACACAUGGUAUACACCGUCCAACUAAAUGCUUACUUGCAGGUUCCUUUUGCACAAUGCAACAAUAAUAAAAGAUAAGAAUACGAAGAUAAAGUAAAUGGCUCAGUAGAAAAAAUGGAAACAUCCGCAGGUUGCAUCAUACUUCUCUCAGGGAUUUUCUGCAAAUCUUUCGACUCUCAUGGGCAGCCUUUGAGGUCAGAUAAGUAGCGAACAAUGUCUCUGAUACAACCCAUGCGCCAAAUUUCAGUUUUCGAUUAGGCUCCCCACAAAUUCAGACUUCUUAAAUUACCAAAGCUUAAAGUUGAGUUCCGCUACGAGGUGUGUACGUUUUUCGAGAGGCGGUGUUUAGCACCUCCUCCGGCUCAUCGUAUACGGUGUACAGUGGAGCCAUACUUCAGGCGUGGAUGACAUAUUUCCUAGGAUUUAUGAGCUGAUAUUGUUCUCAAGUCUGUAGAUUCUACUCAGUGUUCCUGGAGGAUCUUCAUAAGUUCAAGGACACAUUUGGAGACUGGACAGAGACUCUCCUCCUACAGUAGCUGACACCAACUCUCCCACCAGCCAACCAUGUCUUCCAUAGACCCCUACCAGUACAUUAUCGUGGAGCAGCAGUUCUCUCACAAGUUCAGAGUGACGGUGGCACGAGCUGAGAAUGUCACCAAGGGAGCACUGGGUGACCUGUUGGACACUCCUGACCCCUAUGUGGAGCUGUUCAUCCCAACUUCCCCCGAGAGCAGGAAACGAACGCGCCACAUAGACAACGACAUCAACCCUGAAUGGAACGAAACCUUUGACUUCAUACUAGACCCAAACCAGGAGAACUUUCUAGAGAUAACAUUAAUGGAUGCCAAUUACGUGAUGGAUGAGAAACUUGGGACUGCGUCGUACAACAUCUCUAAAAUGUUGAAAACUGGUCAGACGGAGACGGUGCCUUUUCUUAUCGGCAAAGCAACCAAUGUGUACUUAGAGAUGGCCCUGGAGGUCUGUACUAACUUGGACCUGCGGUUCAGCCUGGCCCUGUGUGACAAGGAGAAACUGUUCAGACAGGCCCGCAGAGAGAAGGUGACGUUGGGCAUCAAGAAGCUGCUAGACAUGGAGAAGCCUCGCUUCCUCCCCAGCACCCCUCAGGAGGUGCCGGUGAUAGCCAUAGUGGGUUCAGGGGGAGGCUUCAGGGCCAUGGUGGGGUUCUCUGGGGUGAUGAAGGCCCUGUAUGAGUCUGGGGUCCUGGACUGUGCCACCUAUAUCGCUGGCCUCUCUGGAUCCACCUGGUACAUGUCAACCCUGUUCUCCCACCCAGAGUUCCCCUCUAAGGGGCCUAAGGAGAUCAAUGCAGAGCUGAUGAAGAGUGUGAGCAGUAACCCUCUAAGACUGCUGCUGCCCCAGCACAUCACCAACUACAUCCAGGCUCUGUGGAGCAAGAAGGCCAACGGACAGCCCGUCACCUUCACAGACAUCUUCGGCAUGCUCAUCGGAGAGACACUCAUUCCUGCGAGAAUGGACACAAAGCUGAGUGAGUUGCAUGAGAAGGUAAACGAGGCCCAGUGUCCCCUUCCUCUGUUCACCUGUCUGCACGUCAAACCGGACGUAUCCGAGCUCAUGUUUGCAGACUGGGUGGAGUUCAGCCCAUAUGAGAUUGGAAUGGCAAAGUACGGAACGUUCAUGACCCCUGACCUUUUUGGAAGCAAAUUCUUCAUGGGAACCGCUGUGAAGCGGUAUGAGGAGAACCCACUACAUUUCCUUAUGGGGGUGUGGGGCAGUGCCUUCUCCAUUCUCUUCAACAGAGUUCUGGGGGUGAAAGACACAGUCGGGGGGAGCACCAUGGAGGAAGAGCUUGAACAGAUAAAACCUCAACACAUCGUGGGGGAGGAGAGUAUGGACAAUGACGAGGAGCCUCGGAAAGGAGGCAGUGAGAACCCGGAUGAUGAGUACCACCGCACCGCCCAGAACAGCUGGGUCCAGCGAAUGAUCACCUCCCUCUUCAGCGACUCCUCACUGUUCAACACACGGGAGGGGCGGGCGGGGAAGGUCCAUAACUUCAUGCUGGGCCUCAACCUCAACACCAACAUGCCCUUCUCCACCUUCGGAGACUUCAUGUACCAGAACUCCUGCGCCUCCGUCGAGGAUGAGGUGGACGCUGUCACAGACCCCGAUGAGUUUGCUGAUAUCUACGAGCCCCUGGACGUGAAGAGUAAGAAGAUCCAUAUAGUAGACAGUGGUUUGACCUAUAACCUCCCGUACCCCCUCAUCCUGCGGCCGCAGCGUGGCGUCGACCUCAUCAUCUCCUUUGACUUCUCAGCUCGCCCCAGCGACUCCAGCCCGCCCUUCAAGGAGCUUCUGCUGGCUGAGAAGUGGGCCCGGAUGAACAAACUGCCGUUCCCUAAGAUCGACCCUAAAGUGUUUGACCGCGAGGGCCUGAAAGAGUGCUACGUCUUCAAGCCAAAAAAGGGGGAAAGGAACUGCCCCACUGUCAUCCAUUUUGUCCUGGUCAACAUCAACUUCAGGACGUUCAAAGCCCCUGGAGUUCCUCGUGAGACAGAAAAGGAGAAGGAGAUGGCUGACUUUGACAUCUUCGACGACCCUGAGACGCCGUACUCCACGUUUAACUUCCAGUACUCCAACCAGGCCUUCACACAGCUCCACGACCUCAUGGAGUUCAACACGCUCAACAACAUCGAGGUGAUAAAAGAGGCCAUUAAGGAGAGCAUCAUGUACAGGAAGGAGAAUCCAUCCCGCUGCUCCGUGUCCCUCUCACUCAAUGAGAUCCAAAACAAAAUGUUCCUGAAGCGGGAGACGCGGGAGAAACCCCUGAAGUGAGAGCCGGAAUGCUGGGAAGAGCAAGGUCAAGCUAUCAGACGAAACUGUGCCAUUGGAGAGUGGAGAUUUUCCAAUAUUUUUACAUUUUCAUUAGGGAAACUUUGUUGGUUUGUUUUGUCCAUUUAAUGUGAAUGAAGAGGGUUUGGUGUAAAACAUGGAAACCAGUGGUGGAUAUCACUGAACAACAUGACAAAGACUUGUUAUGGACCCUAAAGUUGAGUGAUAUAAAGUCUGAAGAGAUGUUAAAAUAGCAGUAAACUAAACUCUAGGCUCCUUAAUUGACUUUCCAUUUUUACAAGUGCUACUCAUGUAUGUAUUAUGUGUUUUUAAUGUAGAGGGUUUUCCUACAGUAUAGUUGUAAACAGUUCUUACUGAUCUAAACAAGUGAUCUCAUAGGAAACCAUGGAAACCAUAGAAGAAGAGGCGUCCUUAAACCAUCAGGUUCUGUUCGAUGCCAACUACUAAAACACCGCCAAGUGCAACUGUCUGGAUUCCUCAAACAUCUCAAUUAUGUUUAUUCAACGCAGGGAGUGGCUCCAACAACAAACAACACUCAACACCAUAGAAACGGCCUUUCUGUCUGCCUCCUUUAUAGUCCUCUCUCACGUUAGAGUGUGUUUAUUUUCCUGACUGUGUUAUUUCAGGCUUCCCCUUAUAUACUCAGACCAAGUUUUUUUGGGGGCAGAGUAAUUUCCUCCCACCGUGAUCCCUCCUCACCCCCACCAUCCUCCCAUACUCUUCCCCGCAGAUAUGGUCUGGUGUGUCUGUGCUGAGGUGGGGUGAGAGGGGUGGGGUGUAACCCUGGAGAGGGUGUGGUGUGAUGGCUUCACGGCUCUUGUCGGCACACAAUGGAAUUUCAAACACUACACCUACACCUGCAGCAGCGUCUGAAGAGAACUGUCUGACAUACUACACCUACACUUGCAGGGGUCAAGGGGUAUCCAGUGUGCUGUGGAAUUUUACACAGAACAGAAAACACUGUCUGCUGACCAUGGUCUGCCUGAGCUCACAUUUAAGCCUAGUUUUUAUAACAAUGUUAUGUAAAACAGGUGAUUUUCGAAAUCUUUUAUCACAGUAGCCCAAACUUCAGUUACUUCUAGCUGGCAACUUGUUUUUUGUGUGUUUUUACUGUGUAUUUUCUUUUGUGCAAAUUAAUAUUUCUGCAUUCUUUGACCCUUUAACCUUAUUGUUUAUUACUUUUAGGUCACAGGAGGUUGGUGGCAUCUUAAUUGGGGAGGACAGGCUCGUGGUAAUGACUGGAGUGGAAUGGUAUCAAAUACAUCAAACACAUGGUUUCCAAGAAAUCUUGGUUUCCAGGUGUUUGAUGCCAUUCCAUUCGCUCUGUUCUUGCCAUUAUUAUGAGCCGUCCUCCCCUCAGCAGCCUCCACUGCUUUAAGUCUCCCAGAGAUUGUCAUAUUGUUGUUGGCUAUUUUCAUACUGAAUUGCAUUUCAUACUGAACUUUGUGCAACGUCGCACAAGCAAUGACAGUCAUACCGCUUGAUCUUUUCAGGACACCUGUGUGGCAUCUUUUUAUUUAAUGGAUUUUAUUCUCUUAGGUAGAAUGAGUACAUGGAGAGUAGGAAAUAUUUGUCUUUUUUUUCAUGUAAAGCUGUCUUGGACUACAGUUAAUAUGGACUACAGUCUUAUUUUUUUGUUUUUUUGCAAUUUUUACAAUUAUGGGAAAUAAAGUGUUAAAAGGAUUUCAAACUGAGAAUAUCCAAGUAGUGUAGUCAUACACUUCUGCUUUUCUUACUAUGUCAUUUUUAUUAUUUUAACCAAUAACAUACACCAUGUUUAUGUACAACGUACAUGUAAUUGAAUAAAAGUCCCCCGUUUUCUUCUUU